GGAGUCGCCGGACCUGGCGCCCCGGGUGCCACAGAUCCUGGGCGCCGGCCUCGACCGCCACACCCAGUCGCGGCCCAUGGCGCUCCGCGACCGCAGCGCCACCCCCGUGGUCGGGGCCCUCGCCCGGGACCUCUCCCGCGCCGCUCCCCCGACCGCCGCCCCGACGCGCGUGGUGCCCAAAUCCACCCCGCGCCCGUCCCCGACAACAGGCUCGCUGCCCCCCCUCCGGCCUUCGCCCGUCCUAAGCUACCUUAUGUACCGCUCUUCUGUUUGUUCAAGGAACAACUCCAACAACAUGUGUGUGUUCACGUGAUGAAAGUUGUCAUGGGCUCAUGGCUUAUUAGCACCUGUUUGCUGAAAUGGCUACAUACAAAUCCUUUAUUGAGGGAUAGUUGGAACCUUGGAGAUCUGCUUGUUUUGCUGCGGAGAGUGAUCACGGAGCACUACGGGAAGAGCAAGUAAGCGUAUUAAGAUAGUGCACAAAGACUCUUGAUUAGAUCAAGGAAAUACCAGGUCGUGUCAUCUUUGACAAGUAUGAGACCGGAGGUUGCUCCAACUUAUGGAUUUUCAUAUAAACCCAAAUCCUAACAAGUAAGGGCUUUCCUUUGUGUGGAUUAUUCAGAAUCCAGUGAGUAAAUUGGAUUAGUACAUUGCGAGUUCAUUUGCCUUCUGCACCCUGCUUCUGUUUCUAUCCAAUAACAUUAUUUCUGUUUUUCUUAUAUUGAUGUUUAUGGCUUUGGUUAUCAUGGGGUUUAAGUAAACCUGCACUUGAUUAUUUUCAUUUCCUAUUUUCUUUAAGCUUUGUGUGUUCCUUUUCAUAAACCACUAUUUUUACAGUAAUGCUAUCUGGGGAACGUUCCUUGGGGAUGAAAUCCCAGCGAACGUCCCCAGAGCCGUCUGUUCGGGAUCAGACGUGGCAGUUUUGGACCAAGAACUCCUCAGAUUUAAAUGAAAUGCCAUAGCAGUUUUGAAAAUUGCCACCCCUCACUGAAGAGCCGCGCGGUUCGCAAAUGCCAUCCUGGCUGGCGAACGGUUGCUGGCGCUAUUGGUGUCCCUAUUUUUACAAUGGUAAGAUGGUCUAGAGUAAUGAUUUCGUUAGGCACUUUGAUUCUACCAGUUUAAGCUAUCUGGUAGAACCCCUACGCGCAUGGUGCCCAAAUCCACCGCGCGCCUGACCCCGACAACCGGCUGGCUGUUCCCCUCCGGCCUUUGCCCAUCCUAAGGUUUGCGCCCCUGUUGUUCCCCAAUCGAGACAACUUAUCUGUUGGUUAUGUGAUUUCGUUCAAUUUGGUAGUUUUUGCUUUGGCUGCAAUAUGUGUACAAGGAGUUUGUGUCGAACUCUGAUACAUUGUGGCGCAUGGAUUCGGUUCAUUGAAAAUAUGAUAUUGCUAUGAAAUCAAUACAUAAUUAUAGACUAUCUCUUUGUUUGGGUCACCUAUGGAUAAAUUUGAGUUCGACGUAUAUUCACUGAAAUUGGAUGAUCUAAUAAACUGUUAGAUUCAUUUUUUGUUACUGUUGACGAGGAUAACAUGGAGAUUGUUAUCUCAAUGCUUCUUGCGCUAGGUACCUUUUAGUUUUCCUAUUCCUUGUAUAGGAAAGGUACGGUUGUGGUCUAGGAUCUAUGUUUAUCACUAUGUAGAUUGACUGAGCAUGUGAGCUCAUUAUUCAUAAACAUAUUGUUUCCUUCGCUGAUCAAGGAUUGAGCAUGUUUCUGCAGUAGUGACACACUCGUCAACUUAGUUCAAUGUUCUUGAAUACCGUAGCAGAUGUAAAUAUUCCCUUGAAACAAUGUUAAUCUGUACAAAGGACUCAAUGCGAGAUUUCGUCCUAGCAGUCACAACAAGAGGAUUCCUCAAUUUCCAUGUUGGACAGCCCAAACAUUGUCAUGCACUCAUGCUGGUGUUUGCUGUUUGCGGGUUAGUACCAUUUGAUAGUUCAGACAACCAGUAAUGUGCUAGAUUGCAGCACGAGAGGUGCCGUUUGCAGGUUAGGGUUCUCGCCUCGUUGGCAUGAUUUACUCACUCCUAUAUGUCCUCGAUGAGGUUAAUGUACUUUGUUGGGACUUCGUGUUUCUCCAAGCCCACCACGUGACAUUCUGUGUAAUCUUAUCGUGGGCCUUCUCCAAGUCAAUGAACACCAUAUGCAUGUCCUUCUUUUGCUUCCUUUAUCUCUCCAUAAGUAGUCGUACCAAGAAAAUGGCUUCCAUGGUUGACCUCCCAGGUAUGAAACCAAACUGGUUUUCGUCCCACUUGUCAUUCUUCUCGAGUAGUGCUCGACAACUCUCUCUCAUGGCUUCAUUUUAUGGCUCAAAACUCAAUUCCAUGGUAAUUAGUACAACUUUGAACAUCCCCCUUGUUCUUGAAGAUUAAUACUAAUAUACUCCGCCACCAUUCUUCGGGCAUCUUGUUUGACCGAAAGAUGAGGUUGAAAAGCUUAGUUAUCCAUACCAUUGACGUCUCCAAGGCCUCUCCACACAUCAAUGGGAAUCAAUCAGGGCCCAUCCUUGCCUCCUUUUUUGCCUCCCCGACCUCGUCCUGGAUUCGUCACACAAAACGGACAUUCGUAUCAUCAAAGGACUCAUCCAACUCAAUGGUAGAGCCCUCAUUUUGUCCAUUGAACAACUUGUCAAAGUACUCUCGUCAUUUAUGCUUGAUCUCCUCAUCCUUCACCAGAAGCUGAUUUGCUCGUUCUUUGAUGCAUUUGAUUUGGUUGACAUCUCUUGCCUUCCUCUCUUUGAUCUUGGCCAUCUUAUAGAUGCCCCUUUCGCCUUCCUUAAUGUUUAAACGCUGGUGGAGGUCUUUAUACGCUCGACCCCUUGCCUCACCCACAACUCGCUUUGCAGCCUUCUUCGCCACCUUGUACUUCUCUAAGUUGUCUGGCACUCCUAUCCAGAUAUAGGCAUCUGAAACAGUCUUUCUUCUCCUUAAUAGCCUUCUGGAUAUCAUCGUCCACCACCAUGUAUCUUUAGCUUCGCUUCUCCUACCCUUGGUCACCCCAAACUCCUCCGAAGCUACCUUCCAAGCGCAAGUCGCCAUCUUCAUCCACAUAUUAUUUGCAUCAUCUCCUUCCUCCCAAGGACCCUCCUUAUAACCCUAUCCUUGAAAGUCCGAGCCCCCCCCCCCCCUUGAGCUUCCACCACUUCGUUCUAGCGACUUUGGCGCUCUUAUCCCGCUGGGCACGAAUCGGAAAGCAAAAGUCAGCCGCAAGUUUAUGUUGAGGGACAACACUCUCCCCAGGUAUCACCUUACAAUCUAGGCAAGCACGCUUGUCUUCUCUUCUCGAGAGGACGGAAUCAAUUUGGCUACAGUGUUGUCCACUACCAAAAGUCACUAGAUGAGAUUCUCUCUUUCUAAAGUGAAGCUAAAGACAUCCUCUCCUUCUUGAUUCCUGCUGCCAUAUCCAAAUCCCCCAUGCACUCCUUCAAAACUUCGUGUUAGAUGUACCUAUCUGGCCAUUGAGAUUCCUCCUAUGAAGAACUUCUCGCCAAUAGGUACACUCCUAAUCAUGUCCUCUAGGCCUUCCCAUAACUCUCUUGGUGCUCUCACUGUGACCUACUUGCAGGGCAUACGCACCGAUAACAGAACUAAGUCCCGACGACUAGCUUGACCAGGAUAAUCCUGUCCCCUUGCCUCUUGACGUCUACCACUCCGUACUUGAGGCUCUUGUUGAUCAAGAUGUCUACUCCAUUUUUGUAUGUAGAUGUCCCCGUGUGCCCCAGCUUGAAGCCAGUAUCCUCUACCUCCUUCACCUUUUGUCCCUUCGAUUUGGUCUCUCCUCACUGCUGCAUCCACUAACUCCCAUAACUUACCUGCCAGGGAUCCUACGUUCCAGUUACCUAUGCGGAUCCUACUAGGCUCGGCUAGUUUCUUUACCCUUUGCAGUCAUCGAGUCAAAUUUGAAGACCAUUGCUCAUUUUUCACUACAUCGGAGCGUUGAUGGAGCGCGCCACUAAGGAUGCAAUGACCAGGAUCCUUGCUCACUUACCACUCUAUCCAGAUCAAGAUACGACGCACCACCAAAGGGGUGACAGCCCGACAAGUCAUGUCGAGGUACACAUGUAAAUACACACAGAGAAGGCAAAAGUAGAGUUAAAAGGUGAGUUAUUAUGUCUUCUCACUUGACCUUCAGCAUAGUCUAUUCUCAUAACUAUCACCAAAACAUCGCGAAGAACUUCAUGCGUUCCAUUCUUUGUAGGCAUGUAGCAAGAUUAGAUGGAGAUUCUCACUCAGCAGUGAAGCUUGACAAAGUAGAUACCUAAAGAGUUGAUAGAGUAAGAGAGUGUGGAACAGAAAACAACUCUGUUGUCAGUAGAACUGUUCACCACUUCAAUCAACAACUAUGACAUGUCAUGUUUUAGCAAUCACGUGCCGUAUUAAAUCUUAAAUGCACAAGAAUAAACAAGCUAAUUUUAUUACCUUGUUUUUCUUGUUCGUUUCACUUCGUCUUUACGAUAUUCAUCAACGUUGCAAUUGUAUUUAGACCCCUCGAAUUCAGAGGCAAUAAUCCUUGUUCUACUGGUUUCUUUUCUUUGGCGAUAGUCUUCCUUUUCACUAUUCAUGACUUCCUUGUUGCCUCACAUGUUCUGAUAGCCAAGUACCACAUGAUGAGCUUCACGUACACUUUGCUUGGCUAAGCCAUCAGACCCGUGGCUUUUAGCUUUCCCAUCUUCCUCGAUAAAUCCAAUACAUAAAUUGGUUGUCAAGCACCAGGAGUUUAUACAAGGUAAAAAGAUGCAACACAUGUAGACGAGGAGUUUGUAAAAGACAUACAAAAUCAACAACCACAAUGAACAACAUCCUAAACAAAGCAAGAAAAGCACAAUAAAAUUAUCCCAUUCACUUGGAGUUGGUGUGUUUCAGUAUAGUCUAUUCUUAUUCUACAACAAACUCUAUAAUCCACCCUUUUUAAACUUUGAUUCUAUUCUCUUAUUAAUUAAUGAAUGGGGCAAAUCUAUAACCUCCGUUUAAAAAAUAGUGCCACACCGACCAAAUGCCAUUACAAUCUCUGUAAACACUUCAUAACAUAAGCCCAUACCUUCUCUGAUAGGCAUAUAUUAAUGAUUUGAGAAUUAAUAGAUUAGAAUCAUUGACUUGGUGUAUGCACAAAAAUUUGAGUUGUUCUCAUGGGUAUAACAACAAUUACUCUAACACCCACAACGCAUCAAAAUUUCUUAGUUAGAUCUAUGUGUACAUAGGAAGUUUAAAUAGACAAUAGAAACUUCCAACCCUUAAAACACUAAAAUGAGUAAACACGCAUAAUUGCAAAAAAAUCUAGAAUGCCUCAGGAGUCAGAUUUCAUAGCCGUCCCUAUAAAUCAUAAAGCCUAAUCAUCAACACAAAAUAUAAACAAUAUGUUACAAGGACAAAAUUAACCAUUGCCACGGAUGCGACAAUUGUUAGACUUGUAUGCGUGCUUUGUGGUGGCAUGGGCUGGAAGGCGGUUGCAGCUAUUGUGGUUCUGGUGGUUGUCAUCGCCUCCGGCGUGAUUGUUGGCAUUCACAUCGGUGACCUCGCCGCCACCGUUUGCUCGGUCUUCCACCUUGUCAUCAGAGUCAGACAGGUUGUCAAAGAGCUUAUACAUCACCUGGUUGUGGAACUCGUCCAAACUCCUAUCCCGGACACCUUGUCCUCCAAUGUCCUUCGACUUUUGGUGCAUCCUAUUUCUUGUCGCUUGUGCAUGAGGAAGACGAAACCCAUCUAAAACCAAAAAAAUUAGUUGAUUGGUGGCGUUCAGAAAACUUACUUACCAAGCAAACAUGCCCAUAUGGAAUAGCAGAUCUCCUUGGCCCAUAUGCAAAAAUAACUUUUUGUGCUCUCUCACGUGGUCAAGGCUUGGUUGCUCUUCAUUUUGGCAAUAUUGGCGUUAGCAUCACAAAAAGAGGAGAAAACAUGGAGUUGUUAGGUCUUGGGUAACCCAUGAUCAUACUCUAUUAUACCCAAACCCAUGACCACACUAUAUUGGGUUAUGAUUCCAUUGAUUAUCAAUAAUAGCCCUCCUAAUUUAGAAACGUUACCAUGUUUCGCGUGUAUUAUGCCAUAAUUGCCUACAUGGCCGCACGCCACCACAUGAGCACGCGUCGCAUCGUCUAUUCACACUAUACAACCCUUGCCAGCCUGGCCGGUGUCAUGGCAUGCAGCCACCGGCGCCGUCCUACCACUACAUGAGCACGCGCCGCAAUGUGUUCACAUUUACGCCUAAUAAUGCCACCAUAGCCGGUCUGUGUUUGCGUCACGGUGCCUAUAUGCACCCAACAACUCCCCUCCUCCCCAGGCCCCAAUCAAAAGCGGAGGUUUACUUUUCCUCACACAUAAGCAAUAAGUGGUAGGAAGCACGGAAAGCCAUAUGUCGCGUGUAUGCCAUAAUUGCCAACAUGGCCACACGUCACCACAUGAGCACGCGUCGCAUCGUCUAUUCACACUCCACACGGUCCUUGCCAGCCUGGUUGGCGUCGUGGUGUGUAGCCACCAACACUGACCUACCACUACAUGAGCACGCGCCGCACUGUGUUCACAUUUACGCCUAAUAACACCACCAUAGCCAAUCUGUGUCUGUGUCAUGGUGCUAAGAUGCAUGCAGCAACUCCCCCUCCCCUAGGCCCCAACCAAAAACGGCAGUUUCCAUUUCCUCGCACACAAGCAAUAAGUGAUAUUGCCAUGUGUUGCGCAUAUGCCACAAUUGCCAGCCACACAUGAGCGCGCGUCGCACCGUCUAUUCACUCCACACAACCCAUGCCAGCCUGGUCGGCGUCAUGGCGUGCAACUACCAACCCUGACCUACCACUACAUAAGCACGCGCUGCACCGUGUUCACAUUAUGCCUAGUACCAACACCCUAGCCGGUCCAUGUUUUCUUCAAGGUGAUAAUAUGCAUCCAACAACUUCCCUUCCCCGAGGCCCCAACCAAAAACGGCGGUUUCGUCUUCCUCACGCCCAUGCAACAAGAGAUAGGAAGCACCAAAAGCCAGAUGAGAUUGGAGGACAAGGUGCUCAAGGUAGGAGUUUGGAGGAGUCUUGGAACCAGGUGAUGUCUAGGAUCUUCGACGACCUAUCCGACUUCGAUGACGAGGCGGAAGACCGAGUAAACAGUGGCCGCAAGGUCACCGGGGUGAACGCCAAGAAUCACGCUGGUGGUGAUGACGACCACCAGAACCACAACCAUCGCAAUUGCCUUCCAACCCCUGGCACAACAAAGCACGCCUACAAGUCUAACAACCGCCGCCUCCAUGGCAACCGAUGGGAAGAUGGGAAACCUAAAAGCCAUGGGUCUGUUGGCUUAGCCAAGCAAAGUGUAGGUGAAGCUCAUCAUGUGGUACUUGGCUAUCACAACAUGCGAGGCAAAAAGGAAGUCAUGAAUAGUGAAAAGGAAGGCCAUCACCAAAGAACAGAAACCAGUAGAACAAAGAUUAUUGGCUCUGAAUCCGAGGGGUCUAAAUACAAUUGCAACGUUGAUGAAGAUCGUAAAGAUGAAGAAGUGAAACAAAUAAGAAAAAUAGGGCUGCAUGAAGUUCUUCGCAAUGUUUCUGAUGAUAUUUAUGAGAAUGGCCACGCCUUAUAUGGUGAUACUGAGGAUGUCAAUAGACCGCCUACCGAGGGAGAAGGCCAUUGUGCGAAUAUUCUACAACCAAAUGAUGUAACUCGUGGCAAAGAUAUGUGUUAUGAAAGAGAGUCCAAACAUUGUUUAACUGGUCCUCCGCUGAACUUGGUGGUUCCACAUAUACCACCACCUGGUCAACCUGAUCAGUUAAAAGUAAUCAAGGUCUCAAAUGUCGUGGGGAUUAAUCCAAAACCUUUCGAUCCUGAAACGUACAUGGAAGAGGAUGACUUCAUUACCGAUGAAUCUAAGGGCAAGAAAAGUGUGCAUACAGAUGUUGUCCGUUGCAGAAGGGCCAAGAAUGCUGAUGGCACUGAAUCUCUUGAAAGCAAUGCACGUUUUGUCCAGUGGAAAGAUGGAAGCAUGCAACUACUGAUUGGUCACGUGGCUCUUGAUGUAUCUAUAGAAGAGUCAAGUCAGCAUACCCACUUGUUUAGGAAGAAUGGAAAGGGGCUUCUACAGUCACAAGGAAGGCUUUUACAGAAGAUGAGAAUUAUGCCGCCCGAGUCAUCUUCAAGAUCUCAUAGCUCAUUAACAGCUCCUGUUGAUUCUCAGAAUGAGAAAACAAUUAAGGUGCAAACAUGGUAUGAUAAAAAAUAUCCUGAGAGAAUGAAGCAAGAAAGGGAAAGGGCUGAAGAAAAAAACAUUCAAGCUCGUUCAAUUCUUAGAAAGAAAAAAGAGAAGGUGAAUCAUAAAUACACCCAAUCUCAUAAGGGAAAGCAGAAGCUUACUUCAGGAUUUUUUGACGAAGCAUUAGACGAGGAUGAAGCACCUAGCUCGUGGUAUAAUCCUCAUGGAAGGGUGGCACACAGUGGUUUUGAGCAUAACUUGGAGUUUGAAGCACUGGCUCAGAGACGUAUAAUCAAUGCAAAGGUCCAUGAGUAUUCUGACAGUGAAAGUGAGGAAUUAGAGUAUGGAACAGAAUUCAAGGAUAUAGAGAGCUCACCAAGACAUGAAAGGGAAUAUGAACUGGAUGAAAAUAAUGUAUAUGAUAAAGACCUAGAUGUUUCUUCUCUGCCAAAUGAAGAGAUUGAGGGACCAGAGCAUAAGAGGGGACCUAGGAAGGGCAGGGUGAUCGACUUCGGUGAGGAAUUAUAUCCACCAAAGAAACGAUUUCUCAAUCGUUGGAGAAGGCAGUUGUUAUUGACAGCGAUGAUGAGUGAGAAGAACUGCCAGCACCAAACAGAACAGUCAAAGCGCUACUGAAUUCCGCAGAUGGAUUGUCCGAUAACUUCUUCGUCUCUUAAACGGAUUUGUACGAUAGGAGUGGGACAUGCGUAUGACUAAUGUGGUGCUAUACUUUGUUCACCAUUUUCAGAGUUACCUUCAUAAAACUGCCAUUUUAUAACCUGUUUAGUGUACUUGUGUUGUUUCCAAUCCUUCACUCAUGAUGAAAUUUUCCUCUCCAUGACGUUGAGCGAGAGGAAAUUUUCUUCUGUGCUGCAGAGAAAAAAAAAUCUUCGCUGAGAUGCAAAGUUGGACAAAUUUAUGUAAAUCUUCUGUAGUGAAUAUCUUACUCGUUUUGGAGUACACUUUUGCAUAGGGUGGUGCCAUUUGAA